AUGUCGACCUGGACCGACAACUUGACCAUGGAAACCAUGGCCAAGGAGAGAGCCAACCCGCCCUUCGACGUGCGCAAGAUGUCCAUCGAACACCACGGCAGCGAGAGCGACCUCGUCAAAAAGGAAAAGUUCAUGCUCGAGGCGAGCCGCGACCCCGUCUUCUACUCGGCAGACAUCUACGACCUCACAAAGGACCAGAUCCGCGAGCGCACCAUGCAGCGCAUCCAGCGCCUCGCUCACUACGUCACCAGCGAGUCGGUCGACGACUUCCAGAAGCGCAUGGAGCUCAUGUCGCUCCUCGACCCGGGCCUCUGGACGCGUCUCGGCGUGCACUACGGCCUCUUCCUCGGCGCCAUCCGCUCCGGCGCCACCCCCAACCAGUUCUCCUACUGGAUGGAGAAGGGCGUCAUCGCCUGCCAGGGCAUGUUUGGCUGCUUCGGCAUGACCGAGCUCGCCCACGGCUCCAACGUCGCCGGCCUCGAGACCACCGCCCACUUUGACGCACAGACCGACGAGUUCGUCAUCCACACGCCCAACCUCGGCGCCACAAAGUGGUGGAUCGGCGGCGCCGCCCAAACCGCCACCCACUGCUCCGUCUUUGCCCAGCUCAUCGUCAAGGGCAAGCGCUACGGUACCAAGACCUUCAUCGUGCCCCUCCGCGACCCCAAGUCCUUCCAACUCCUCCCCGGCAUCAACAUCGGCGACAUUGGCAAAAAGAUGGGCAGAGACGGCAUCGACAAUGGCUACAUCCAGUUCACCAACGUCCGCAUCCCGCGCGCCUACAUGCUCAUGAAGCACACCCAGGUCACGCGCGACGGCGAGGUGCGCGAGCCCCCGCUCCAGCAGCUCACCUACGGCGCCCUCCUCCAGGGCCGAACCGCCAUGGUGGCCGACGCUGCCAACACGGCCAAGAAGGCGCUCACCAUCUCGGUGCGCUACGCCGCCGCACGUCGCCAGUUCAAGUCGGACGCCAAGGCCCAGUACGAGACCCAGAUCCUCGACUACCCCAUCCACCAGCGUCGCCUCAUGCCCCUCGUCGCACAGGCCGUCGCCUUUGGCUACACCGCCCUCGAGCUCCAGCGUCUCUUCGAGGAGACCUCGCAGGCCCUCGAGGCGCUCGAGCCCGGUGACCCCAACCUCGAGGCCACCAUCGAGAAGCUCAAGGAGACCCACUCCACAAGCGCUGGCCUCAAGGCCUUCUGCACCUGGGCCACCCUCGAGACCAUCGACCGCUCCCGACAGGCUUGUGGUGGCCACGGUUACUCCUCCUACAACGGUUUCGCCAACAUGCAUGCCGACUUUGCAGUGCACUGCACCUGGGAAGGAGACAACACCAUCCUGGCGCUGCAGGCGGGCCGAUUCCUCAUCUCGGCGUACCAGGAUGCGCUGGAUGGCAAGGAGCAGGUGAGCGCGGGUACCAAGUACCUCAACAAUAUCGAGCAGGUGCUGGCCGCCAAGUGCGAGUCCGACGAGGCGCUCGACACGCUCGACGGCAUCGACCGCGGUUGGGCGACGGUGGCGGCGCACGCGGUCAAGAAGGCAUCGGAGGACUACCAGGCGUGCCUCAAGGC